UAGUUUAGCAUGGUUAAGAAUUCAUUAUGAAGAAAUGAAUGAUGAAAUUCAAUUUGCAGGGUUGCAGUUAUUUGUAGCUUCUUUUAUGGAAUAUUUUGAAAAUCGGAGCAAAAUGAUUAUGUUGCUGGUUGAGGCCAUAGAUGUGUAUCUUCUAGGAACGGUGAUGCUGGUUUUUGGUAUGGGCAUCUAUGAACUAUUUGUCAGCAAUCUUGAUAUUGCAAAGUCAUCGUCUGGGGAAAGAGUUCCAUACACAUCUAAUUUAUUCGGCUUAUUCACUCUCAAGGAGCGUCCCAGAUGGCUACAAAUAAAAAGUGUGAGUGAGCUUAAAACCAAACUUGGCCAUGUUAUAGUCAUGCUUCUUCUCAUUGGGUGGUUUGAAAAGAGUAAGAUAGCUGUUAUAAAUUCUCCCCUGGAUUUGCUUUGCUUCUCAACUUCUAUAUUUCUUUCCUCUGCUUGCCUCUUUUUGCUCGCCAAGCUUAAUGGCUCAAACUGAAUCUUCUUGUAUAAAAAUGCUAAUUAAAUAACAAAAAUCUGACCUUAUUAUAUCCA